UCAGCCCCAACGGCCAUCAAAUGUCGCCCAGCAUCUGUACAGCAUGGCUGCACUAUCACAAUUUCGAGCCUCCGUAAGACUAUCACACAGGUUGCGGUUAUGCCAGACGAAGACGCGUCAGCUCCAUCUGGCGCCGCCCUGGCUUCUCGAUGAUUAUAUCCCCCGACACCAACUGCUGUCUUCCGUCGACGCGGCUAAGAAACGAUCUCUCGCAUAUGCACAUCUUCGCGAAUGCAAUCUUUGCCCUCGCAAAUGCGGGGUCAACAGGUAUGAGAAGACGGGCGUGUGUUUGAUAGGGGCGGAGACGGUGAAGGUAAACACCAUAGCGCCCCAUUUUGGAGAAGAGCCGUGUUUCCAAGGUCAUCAUGGUUCUGGAAGCGUCUUUUUCAGUGGGUGUAACCUUCGCUGUGUGUUCUGUCAAAAUUUCGAUAUUUCACAUCAACGAAACGGCUUCGACCUGACGCCAGAAGAACUGGCUGACUGGUACCUCAAGCUUCAGGAUGUCGGGCAUGUCCACAACAUCAAUCUGGUCACACCUGAGCAUGUCGUUCCGCAAGUUGCACUUUCCAUUCUUCAUGCGCGCGAAGUCGGAAAGCUCAAGAUCCCCAUCAUAUACAACUCUUCGUCCUUUGAUUCCAUCGAAAGUUUAGAGCUCUUAGACGGAUUGGUGGAUAUCUAUCUACCUGACUUCAAAGUAUGGAAUGACGAGACGGGUAAACGACUGUUGAAAGCGGAUAACUAUACGGAGACCGCAAUGGAAAGCAUCAAAGCAAUGCAUGCGCAGGUCGGUGACCUCUGCUUCACGGGCGAUGGGAUUGCAAAGAAGGGCGUGCUGGUGCGGCACUUGGUCAUGCCGGGUUUGGAGGACGAAGGCCGUGAUAUUAUGGGAUGGUUAGCCAGCAAUGUGUCCAAGGACUUGAUGGUGCAUAUAAUGGAGCAGUACUUCCCCCGUGCCCAUGUAGGAAAGCCAAGGCGAGGUAAUAAAGAAGAGGGCGGGAGCGGAGAAGCUCGAUAUGCGGACAUCAAUCGGCCUGUAGAUCUCGACGAAGUCUCAUCCGUAAAGAAGGCUGCUGAGGAGGCGGGCCUGUGGCGGUUUGUAGAAUCUGCUCAGCACGGCGGCUUCAACAUAUAA